UGGCAUAGCAGAUGUGUGUGUCACUUAUAACUCCUGCGCUUCGUCAGGGUUGUCUGAGCUGUAUUAAAACACCACAGCUACCACCCCAGCAGUGCCAGUGAGACUUGGGCCCAUCCAUGAGCUCAGAUUUCCAGCAUUACAGUUUCAGGAUGCCGAACAUUGGGUUUCAGAACCUGCCUCUCAAUAUAUACAUUGUGGUUUUCGGCACUGCCAUAUUCGUCUUCAUCCUUAGUUUACUCUUCUGUUGCUACUUGAUCAGGCUCAGACAUCAGGCACACAAAGAGCUUUAUGCCUACAAACAGGUUAUUCUAAAGGAAAAAGUAAAAGAGCUUAAUCUGCAUGAGAUCUGUGCCGUUUGUUUGGAGGAAUUCAAGCCCAAAGACGAGUUGGGAAUCUGUCCAUGUAAACAUGCCUUCCACAGAAAGUGCCUCAUUAAGUGGUUGGAGGUGCGAAAAGUGUGUCCGCUCUGCAACAUGCCUGUCCUACAGCUGGCACAACUCCAUAAUAAGCAGGACCAUGGGCCUCCCCAGGGACCCCUGCCUGGGGCAGAGAACAUUGUAUAGCUUCUCCCAAGCAAAGGACACUUCCAUCACAAAAACUAUCGCAAGGAUGAAAACAGUGGGCUUAUGCAGAGAAUCGCAGAUCUCUGAAUCUGUUGCUUACAACCUUGGUGCGUCUACCAGGAUUCCCUUUGUCUCAUGAAGAGCUCUCACAAUGCACUUUAGGGGACGGGGCCAGAUGCUUGGACUUCAGAACAACCAAAGCAAUAUGCCACCAGCGCAACAAGAAGACAAACAGCAACAACAAGCCUAGUGUUUGGGUUUUUGAGAGCACUUUAUGAUGGACCAUGUCGCCGAUAUUACAUGUGUAGGCCCGGUACCUGUUUCUGGCUAGUUGACUAUAUGGUGUGCUGAGCAGGAGGGAUAAUGUUACAAGUAUAAUAAGAGAACUCACAAAGCAAAGUCUUUCAAGACACUGGCCCCGGGUACCUUGAAUGGCAGAUCCUAUGCAGCCAGUGGACAUCUUCCCAUCUUAAAAAAACAAAACCAACCUUCACACCCCCUUUAAAAACUGUCUCCCAGCCAGCGGUUACUUCACGCUGAAUUGCUAGUGGCUGGAGAAAUGAGCAAGGGUUUUACAUUGUUCUUUUGCGGAGAUUUUCCCGAAGUUGUGGGAUUACUCCGAAGUUUACAUUUUGACAAUGUCCUAUUAGCAUGGACAGCACUAGACCAGUCUGCCAACAGCCUCUAAGACAGUGCAAGCGCAUCAGCGCUCUGGGCUGACGUAGUUCCAGGGAAGGUUUGCUGGUAUUGGGCUGGAUCUGUCCAGUAAGGGAACUGGAUCACUCUAAUGUGCAUGUAUGGCCUGAUUGUUUCGGAGGUGCUGAGCACCCACAGCUCCCCAGUCUUCAUCUCUGAAAAUCAACCCUUACGUGACCCCAGAGGAGCAGUGAGGUUGGAUCUGCUCUUGAGAACAUCUGUUGCCCCCUGAGUGUUCUGGGAAGUGAUGGGAUGAUUUCCUACCAAGUGCUGUCAUUAAGCCGGUGUCGGAUACAGGCACUUACUGCAAACCACACAGCAGCCAUACAUGUGUCCAUAUUUUCCUCUGCACUAGGAAAGCCCCUUUAAAAAGUCUAAGUCCGAGGCCCAGCGCUUUGCACACUUCCCUUCUCGUGUAGUGGGUGAAGCUUGGUUGCAGUACACAGCCUCACUCUCCUGUCUGCACAAUCACAAUCUCAAAGGGCUGACUUAACCUGGGCGCAGACAGGCCCAAGUCCUCUAAAUUCAGCAGAGCUGCUGCCUCUUAGUUCAGAGCCAAUGAUAAACCUUGACUAUCUUGUUUCUUUCUCUCGGCUCGGAAUUAGCGAGAGGUACCAUAGAUCUAUCCAUGUCAUUCUGCUGAAAUCGAUGUGUAUCGGGCUAAGCGGUGGGGCACAGGUCUGUUUGUGUGGGUGCGUCUCUGGGGGUUGAGGAGUACUCCUGGUGUUUGGCUGAAGUAUAUUUAAGCCGGGUAGGUUUCUGAUUUCUAACUCCACUUUCUGAGUGAGUCAAAAGUACUGACAC